GAGAUGGACUUGCCAUUUGUUUCGCGAUAAUUAAACCUUUUAGUCUUCAUCCCAUCUCAACUUCCCCGAGUCUUUUGUAUAUAUCCACAUACGGUGUAGGAUUUAGCAUUGAGUACUUUUUUAUUUCUGUUUGUUUGUUUCUUCGUCCAAUAGAUUCGCAUUAAUUUGAAAACAACUACGUGCGUACAUCAUCAUCUUGGCCUUUUUGGGUCUUACAAUUAAACCUUGGAAUGCGUCCAUUAUUUUAGUAGCUCAGCCUCGAUAUCGACGCCAUGCACACCGUGUAGAUCCCGCGCCUAGCUCUUGAUGCUCGACGAAAAUCUACCGACGUUUUACUUUAGACAUACGUCUAACAAUCCUCUCUUAAACCUCAUAUACUUCACACAAAAUGGCUCCGAAGCCGCAGCUGAAUACUCGCUUCAAAAAAUCGAUCCGGACUUACCCCAGUCAAAGAACAAAUAUGCCGUGGCCUUAGGAGACGCUGGCGUUCAGGACGUCAUAUUCGCAGAGGUCUUAAUCGAACCCGAACUACAACAACCCUCCCUUUCUGCCGCCGAGGUCAGACAACAGAACGGUGCCCCGCUUCCACCUGUGCCUAUAAUACCCGACGGUUUCACAAUACAACUCUACAACCCCGAACAACAAGUACCAGUGAAGGCCGAGAAGAGCACAUGGACAGGGAAGGAAUCAUGGGAAUUCGAAAUGCCGCAGCAAAGCUUCCGAAUGCCAUCGAUGUCUAAACUCGAUCGACAACAAAGCGACCCUGUCGCAAGUAGUUUGACGCCUAAGAUCAUGUUUAAAUGGAAGCGAGACAGCAAGUUUUCGAAAGACAUGACGUGUUAUAUGACCGGUACAUCAGUAGGAGGCAAGAAGAGCAAGGACCCAGAUAUCACCAUAGCGUUAUAUAAGAGCGGCAAGGAACCCAGUGUCACAAUCUACGAGCCAAACCUACAAAGGGUAGAUUUAGAGGAUCGCAAGGGUCUUGAGGUUGUGCUCCUACUCAGUGCCGAGGUUAUUCGCGAAAUCUACCUCUUCCCUAGUCGCGACUCUUUCAACAUUGCCGGCGUACCUAAUAAACGCAAGAACUCGCGACCAACUCCCACCACGUCCACUUCUCCAACGCACUACAUGACUAGUGCGAUGGGAAACGUACCUCCUGCGAAGACCACAUCACCCAUUACGCAACAACCUACCCCUCCCCUCGACGCAGAGACAAAGCGUCUACAAGCGCUAGUCCAACAAGAAGAGCGCGAGCGCGACAAACGAGACCGUGCGGAACAAAGGCGCAUUAAGAAGAUGCUCGAAGAAGAGGAAAAAGAACGCAAGCGCCGAGAUAUCGAAGUCGCCAAGGAGACGGAACGCUUGCGCAAGGAGUUCGGUAUGCAAGGGCAGGACUUCGGACCUAAACCUAACCUUCCCCCACGCCAGCAGCAAAGCAUACCGCAAUUGAACGUUCCCAUCCCGCCUCCCAGACCGUUAAGUGCUGAACCCAGACCCCAUGGUGGUAGUGGUUUUGGCGGGUGGUUCCACGGUGUGGGGAGCUCGCCAGGCUCACCCGGAUACGGGUAUGGCUAUGGACAGGGACAAGCGGGUCCGAGCUCAGGGCGUAGGAGGGUGGGAAGUGCGGAUAGUGGCAAGCCGCAGAAGAAAAAGAGUACGUUCUUCUAGGGAGGGGAAUGGUAUAUCGAUCUCCGCAUACGGAUUGGACGUAGAGAAUAUCGUUAGUGAAGAUUGAGGUGUCUGGGAGGAAGAUUGGUGAUCUAAGCGGCGUUAGGGGAAGCGAUUGUGAAGCGGA